AUGGAUUACAACACCCCGGAGAAGUGUGCAAGACCACGGAAGAUGUCGGAGACUUUGCAUCCCUGCGGCGAGGUGCUGUUGAAGCCCCUGAACGCCCACGCAAGCGAGUUCUUCCCGAGCCAGCCCACGCCAGCCGCAGAGUCCUUCUUUGCCUCCGUGAGCGCCUUGCUGGCACCGUUCCAAGACGCCUCGAAGCUUUACAUGCCGCCCGUCUUGCCUGCCGUUCCGACAGUGCCGAUGUUCGAUGUCAACGCCGUUGUUUCCUGGGCCAGCUCGCUGGAUGACGUCUACAAGGAUGCUUCCAGCAUGGCGAAGUUUGUGCAAGAGCAACGCUCAGAGGUACCUUCCUCUGCACCGUUGGACGUGGACUGCUCCACUGCACGCCUUUUGACCAUCACCGCAUGUUUAUUGAAUUACUUUUUCCAGCACCAAGUUCUUCAAACCUCACCGAGCAUCAUGCAGAUCAUCGAAGCCCAACUGGAGGGACACUGCGCAACGUCUGGCCCAUGGAGUAAGACGAUGCUGCAGCAAGUCGCCUUCCGACCGGAAGACCUGGCAAAGCUCGACCAUCGCCUGGGUAUACUGUUGAAGAAGCUGCCCUCGCAGUUCUUUCCGCGCUUGGCCAGUGCCACACCCGGCCUCAACCUGAGGUGGCAGCAGACCGCUGAAGGCGGGCACUGGCUCUUCCGAGAGGCUCCCGAGCUGCGCCGCCUGGUCCAGGCACGCAGCUGCGAUGGUGAUUUUGCCGUGUUGUCCCUGUCCUUCCAGCGUGAGGAAGGCCAGCUGUCCCCAUCGCAAGCGGCCAUGGAAAGGUUCUUCCGCCUGUGCCCCCCCGGCGUGGCCUGCUUCCAGGGCCUGGAUAUCAAGACCGAAGAUGAGGUGACCUGCAGCCUCGUCGGGAAGGGCUACGACGCUCGUAGCGCGCGGUGCAAGGGCAGCGCCAACACCAUCGCCUGGGAUCGCACGCAGUGGACCUUCCUGAGCUCGCGUGAACAGGGGUCUGCCAUCGCUGUGGACCUGGCCUGGCAGGGGAAAGUCCAUGUCCGCUUCGCUUGCCUCCGCCCGGCGCUGGAGGAUUGUGGCAGUCAGAACCUUCGCGACCUUCUGCGACCUGCUCGUUCGUUGGUGGUUUGUGCGGAUCUCUCCGCGGUGGGGGGUGCGUUUGCAGCCGCUUUGGUGCCCGGCCUCGCGGGACUUCGCUCUGCAAUGUUCGAGGCACUUGGUUCGGAGGUGUCGGUGCCGCUGCCACGAGCCGAGGGCGUCUGCCGCCAGAAGAAACUCCAGGACCUUUGGCAGCCCAGUGGGAUUUUUAUGACCGGCCUCGAGCCCGUUGCCGUCCUGUCGGAGCACUCCGAAGGCUACCUGGCGACGAUGUCAGACCAGGAUGCACGGGCGGCCUUCCCAGGAAGGCAGAUCCCUUUGUUGGCCAAGUUCCAGCUUGCGGUCAACAAGUGA